AUGGUUUGGGACGACCCCACAAAGUCGACAUCUUACCCCACCUCGACGAGGCUCUGCAACCACACCACCAAAUGCCCGAGUGAGCGCCCCGAGUGGGAAACAGAACCUGCAUUUGCGACAGAUGCCCCUCUCGCGUCCUUCUGGCUAGUUGAGGACCUGUACCACUAUGAUUUACUUUUAGAAAGCGCAUGUGUACACGCACAUGGCGGAGUGUAUGUGCGUGUGCGUUAUCUGAGGCCACAAGCAAGCAAAGUCACCGGCUUUAAGAAGCUUAUGACAGCCCCUUGGAACCCCCUCGGAACCCCUUGGAACCCCUCGGAACCCCUCGGAACCCCUCGGAACCCCUCGGAACCCCCUCGAGCCUCGGAACCACUCGGAGCCCCUCGGAACCCCUCGGAGCCCCUCGGAACCCUCUCGGAGCCCCUCGGAACCCCGCGGAACCCCUCGGGAAACCCCCCCGAACCCCUCGGAUCCCCUUGGAACCCCUCGAACCCCCGCAGAACCCAUCCCCCGGGGGGGCGGAUCCUCUCGGAACCCCUCGAACCCCUCGGAACACCAUCGGAACCCACUCGAUCCCCUCGGAAACCCCCUCGGAACCCCCGCAGAACCCCUCGGAUCCUCUCGGAACCCCUCGGAACCCCUUGGAACCCCUCGGAACCCUUUGGAAUCCCUCGGAACCCUUCGGAUCCCCUCGGAACCCCUCGGAACCCCUUGGAAUCCCUCGGAACCCUUCGGAUCCCUCGGAACCCCUCGGAGCCCCUCGGAACCCCUUUGAACCCCCUCGGAACCCCCUCGGAUCCCCUCGGAACCCCCCGCAUAAACCCCUCGGAACCCCGCGGAACCCCUCGGAACCCCCUCGGAACCCCCUCGGAUCCCCUCGGAGCCCCUCGGAACCCCCGCAGAACCCCUCGGAUCCUCUCGGAACCCCUCGGAACCCUUCGGAACCCCCUCGGAACCCCCUCGGAUCCCCUCGGAACCCCUCGGAACCCCCGCAGAACCCCUCGGAUCCUCUCGGAACCCCUCGAACCCCUUGAACCCCUCGGAACCCCUUGGAAUCCCUCGGAACCCUUCGGAUCCCCUCGGAACCCCUCGGAGCCCCUCGGAACCCCUCGGAACCCCCGCAGAACCCCUCGGAUCCUCUCGGAACCCCUCGAUCCCCUCGGAACCCCCGCAGAACCCCUCGGAUCCUCUCGGAACCCCUCGGAACCCCUCGGAACCCCUCGGAACCCCUCGGAACCCCCUCGGAUCCCCUCGGAACCCCUCAGAACCCACGCGGAACCCCUCGGAUCCUCUCGGAACCCCUCGGAACCCCUCGGAACCCCUUGGAAUCCCUCGGAACCCUUUGGAUCCCUCGGAACCCCUCGGAGCCCCUCGGAACCCCUAGUAACCCCUCGGAACCCCUUGAAACCCCUCGGAACCUGCUGCUUCCGGCUUCGCUUAUGA